UGGGGUCCUUCAGGAGGGGACUUGCGGCAUUGGACAAAAAGAAGGUAGCAGAGUCUGCGAUUGUUCCAACAUUUGUGAAUUGUUGGAUCCGACAAAAUCUCUUCUCUUCAUUUUCUCGCCUGAAUAAUCGCACGGAAUCCCCCCGUUGAACCAGGAUUGUGGGGCUGAGGAGGGAACAAAGAGCCAAUCAUGAUAACAUCUGCCGCUGGGAUUAUAUCACUCCUUGACGAGGAGGAGCCACAACUCAAGGAGUUUGCUCUGCAGAAGCUAGAUGCCAUUGUGAAUGACUUCUGGGCUGAGAUUUCAGGAUCUGUAGAUAAAAUCGAGGUCUUGUAUGAGGAUGAGACGUUUCGCAGCAGAUCAUUUGCUGCCCUGGUGGCCUCUAAGGUUUUCUACCACCUCGGAGCCUUUGAGGAGUCUCUGAACUAUGCUCUCGGUGCUGGAGAUCUCUUCAAUGUCACAGAUGAGUCAGAAUAUGUUGAGACCAUCAUUGCCAAAUGCAUCGACCACUACACCAAGCUGCGGGUGGGGAAUGCCGAGCUGCCAGAGGAAGAGGAGAAGAAAAGUAUUGACCCCCGCCUUGAGGGCAUUGUCAACAAAAUGUUCCUGCGUUGCCUGGAUGAUCACAAGUACAAGCAGGCCAUUGGCAUCGCCCUGGAGACCAGGCGACUUGACAUGUUUGAGAAGACCAUCUUAGAAUCCACUGAUGUGAAUGGCCUCCUUGCCUACAGCCUGAAGGUGUGCAUGUCCCUGAUGCAGAACAAGAAGUUCCGCAACGAGGUGCUGCGGGUGCUGGUCAAGCUCUACAUGAACUUGGAGAAGCCUGAUUUCAUCAAUGUCUGUCAGUGCCUGAUAUUCCUGGAUGACCCACAGGCCGUGAGUGACAUCCUUGAGAAGCUAGUGAAGGAGGACAACCUGCUGAUGGCCUAUCAGAUCUGCUUUGACCUGUAUGAGAGCGCCAGCCAGCAGUUCCUCUCCUCCGUCAUCCAGAACUUGCGCACUGUUGGAACACCCAUCCCUUCAGUCCCUGGCUCUACAAAUACAGGCACUGUGCCCACACCAGACAAAGACAGUGAUGCAAUGGAGACAGAUGAGAAGGCGGGCAGCUCCCCUGCUGGAAAGCCAGUAGAAACGAAAGAUGAGCCCAAAGACCAGAAUGCCAAGAUGAUCAAAAUCCUGAGCGGGGAGAUGGCCAUUGAGCUGCACUUGCAGUUUCUUAUUCGAAAUAACAACACAGAUCUAAUGAUCCUUAAAAACACAAAGGAUGCUGUCCGAAAUUCGGUGUGCCACACAGCCACAGUAAUAGCCAACUCUUUCAUGCACACGGGAACCACAAGUGACCAGUUCCUCAGAGAAAAUUUGGAAUGGCUUGCAAGAGCCACCAACUGGGCAAAGUUCACAGCCACAGCAAGUCUGGGUGUCAUCCACAAGGGCCAUGAGAAGGAGGCUCUCCAGUUAAUGGCCACCUACUUGCCCAAAGACACCUCCCCUGGCUCGGCUUACCAGGAGGGAGGAGGCUUGUACGCUCUGGGACUCAUUCAUGCCAACCAUGGCGGAGACAUCAUCGACUACCUGCUCAGUCAGCUCAAGAACGCCAGCAAUGAUAUUGUCCGUCAUGGUGGCGCCCUUGGCCUUGGCUUGGCUGCAUUGGGAACAGCCAGACAGGAUGUUUACGACCUCCUUAAGUCCAACCUGUACCAGGAUGACGCCGUUACUGGUGAAGCUGCAGGCCUGGCCCUGGGUCUGGUCAUGCUGGGCUCCAAGUCAGCCCAGGCCAUCGAGGACAUGGUGGGCUAUGCUCAGGAGACACAGCACGAGAAGAUCUUGCGUGGUCUAGCUGUUGGGAUUGCCAUGGUCAUGUACGGACGCAUGGAGGAGGCCGAUACCCUCAUUGAAAGCCUCUGCAGAGACAAGGACCCCAUCCUCCGGCGCUCUGGUAUGUACACAGUGGGCAUGGCCUACUGCGGCUCCGGUAACAACAAGGCCAUCCGACGCCUGCUACAUGUCGCUGUGAGUGACGUUAAUGAUGAUGUCAGAAGGGCUGCUGUCGAGUCCAUUGGCUUCAUCUUGUUCAGGACUCCUGAGCAGUGUCCCAGUGUGGUGUCUCUUUUGUCAGAGAGCUACAACCCACAUGUGCGUUGUGGGGCUGCCAUGGCCCUGGGUAUCUGCUGUGCUGGGACAGGCAACAAGGAGGCCAUCAAUCUGCUUGAGCCAAUGACUAAUGACCCAGUCAAUUAUGUGAGACAGGGCGCCCUCAUUGCCUCUGCCCUCAUCAUGAUCCAGCAGUCUGAAGUCACCUGUCCUAAGGUUAACCAGUUCAGGCAGCUUUAUGCGAAGGUGAUCAACGACAAGCACGAUGACGUUAUGGCCAAAUUUGGAGCCAUCCUGGCUCAGGGAAUCCUCGAUGCAGGUGGACGUAAUGUGACCAUCUCUCUGCAGUCCAGGACGGGUCACACUCACAUGCCGUCAUUGGUCGGCCUGCUGGUCUUCACCCAGUUCUGGUUUUGGUUCCCCCUCUCCCACUUCCUGUCAUUGGCCUUCACACCAACUGCUAUAAUCGGCCUGAACAAGGACCUCAAGAUGCCCAAGGUGCAGUACCGUUCCAACUGUAAGCCCUCCACCUUCGCCUACCCACCAGCUCUGGAGGUUCCCAAAGAGAAAGAGAAGGAGAAGGUAUCCACCGCUGUUCUCUCCAUCACAGCCAAAGCCAAGAAGAAGGAGAAGGAAAAGAAAGAAAAGGAGGAGGAGAAGAUGGAGGUGGAGGUCCAGGAGGGGGAGAAGGAGAAGGAGAAGGAGAAAGAGAAGGAGAAGGAGAAGGAGAAGAAGGAUGACGAGAAGGAAAAGGAGAAGGAGAAGGAAAAGGAGAAGGAGAAGGAGAAAGAGAAGAAGAAAGAGGCGGAGCCAAACUUCCAGCUCUUAGAGAACCCGGCAAGGGUGAUGCCGGCUCAGCUCAAAGUCCUCAACAUGCCCGAGACCUGCCGUUACCAGCCCUUCAAACCGCUCCAUACAGGCGGGAUCAUCAUCAUGAAAGACACCAGUGAGGAGGAGGAGGAGCUGGUGGAGCCCGUCUCGGCUCACGGUCCCAAAAUUGAGGAGGAAGAGCAGGAACCAGAGCCGCCCGAGCCCUUCGAGUACAUUGACGAGUAGAAAUGCUCGAGCAGCGAAGGCAUCAGAAGAAGUGACUUCUCAGCAUGUCGGUCCAGUUCUCCCCUCCGUGCAUCCAUCUAUUCAUCCCCCCUACCUGCUUCCUCUUUUACACGUUUCUUUCCUGGUCUGUCUCCUCAUUUGCCAGACAGGGAAUGUUUUACAUCCUAAAAAUUGUAUAAUUUUCUGUCCGUACAAUAAAAAAAUGAUAUAUAUUGGAGGCUGGGA